AUGUAUGGUAUUCGGCAUAAGGUUGCUACAGUUUACCAUCCUCAAAAAAGUGGUCAAGUGGAAUUAUCAAAUAAAGAGGUGAAACAAAUCUUGCAGAAAAUGGAAAAUGCACAAAGAAAGGAUUGGUCUGAGAAGCUGGAUAAUGCGAUAUGGGCAUAUAGAACUGCAUAUAAGACACCCAUAGGGACUUCUCCUUAUCACAUAGUGUUCGGCAAAGCAUGCCAUCUUUCGGCUGAAUUAGAACACCAAGCAUAUUGGGCUAUUAAGAAGUUAAAUCUUGACCCCGAGCUGGCAGGAAGAAAGUGA